AUGACUACAACAACACGGCAUCGCCGUCGACCAUGGCUGCCAUGGCUUAUUCUCGCUGUCUCCUUGACACUGGUCACGUAUUCCGUCGACUCUUUCCUGCGUCUGCCGCAGCAGCUGUCAAUAUCACAGCAAUGCCGCAUGUCAAGAAUGUGGCCUGCCUACAUCGAUCACACUGCCAACCUUGAAGUCUUCUCACCUUCCGGUUUGUGGCGCAAGUACCGCCUGUACCUCUACCGCGAACGAAACUUUGAGCCCAUGGAUCUCCCUACAGGUAGCCCAGCUCUCUUCGUGCCUGGAAACUCGGGUUCCUACGGUCAAGUCCGCAGUGUGGCAUCCAGCGCGGCUCGCCAAUUCUACAAGGAGCACAGCUCGGGCGAACACAGGGAAGAGUGGAAGGAUGCCCCUCCAGGGGUCGCGCACACAGACUGGUACACGAUCGACUUUAACGAAGACUUUUCCGCCUUCAGUGGGUCUACCUUGAUCGAGCAGGCCACUUUCAUCAACGAGGUCGUCGCCUAUCUCUCGAAUCGUUACGAGUCCCCCGCUACUCGUAGCUUUGCCGCAGGAGAGCGCAACACGACGGUCCCCAUCUUGGCUCAUAGCAUGGGAGGUAUUGCAGCUCGACUCGCUCGGCGCUUACCCAAUCACCCCCGUGGCUACAUCGAUACGAUCGUCACACUCAGCACGCCUCACGCUUACCCGCCCGUACCCUUUGACCGCAGCGUCGAAUACGUCUAUUCGCUCAUCAAUACGCAUGUCGAGCCACCCCAAAUUGCCCACGGUGCCCCAGAUCAAGUGCCUCCCUUGCUGGUUUCUAUCGCAGGCGGUCUUCUCGAUACGCAGCUUCCCUCCGAUCCGUCAUCUCUUUCUCUCUCUCGCAUCGGCGAAUCCGUGGCUGCCUCGCGUAUCUCGACCUUCACUGGCUCUCUACCUUCGCUAUGGUCCUCGGUCGACCAUGUAGCCGUCAUGUGGUGCGAUCAGCUCCGCGAAAAGAUCGCACGCGGCUUUUUGCUCGACAUGAUGGCCUUUGGGCGUGUCUCGGACGAGCGCAAUGCGGGUGGUGUCACUGGCAGACCAAGCAUCUUGCGCAGGCGUCGAGAACUUUGGAGGCGUGCGCUCAGCCUUUUCGACGUCUCGGAUGCUGGCAACGGUGAGAUCGGACCUUUGGAGCUAAAUUCCGUGUCCUCUGACGACGACUAUGUAGAGCCUUUCGUAGUCGAGAACGAGGCUCCGACUUUUGAGCGUCCAUCCUCAGGUCCGGACUCGGCCCUUUUCAUGGACUCACGCAACACUGUCUUUCGCAUUCCAGCCAAGCUCAGCCGGGACAACGACGACUUACACGCCUUCGAGCUCAUCACCAACUUGUGCGUCGGGUGGAACCCUUCGUCGGGGAAUGGCGCACCGAUACCGCAGCCCGUCGAACUCGUCGUUCAGAUGUGCACCCACAGACCCGAUCCGGUUAACCCUGUCAGCGGUCAAAAGACCUGGUGCCAGCUUGUUAUGCCCCAUCAGUGGGAGCUCAUCCCACCGAGUUUCCUGCCUCGCACCGACAUCCUGUUGCAGGAGUCUCCCGGACACAUUGAUGCAAACAUGCCAGAAAACAAGCCUUUCCCAAGUGCGGAAGAGAUCUACCACGUUCCAGGAUACGCAUUCCAGCGUCUGCGCCUGGACGCGAGGCUGCUCAAACGGCAGCAGGUCGAUUGGAUCCGCGUCGAGCGCAAGACUGACUCGGGCAUCUUUGUCCAUCAACGCAGCCUCAAGAGCUUUGUGCGGGGAGGUUGGUUGCGCCAGGCGGGUGGUCGUAUCGAGAAGCACGGCAGCACCUUGCUCCUCACCGCCGAUCAAAACUCGGCCGAGCAGCAGCACCAUCAGGACGGCGGGUUUACCACCACCGGCUCCAUCCCCAUCGCAUACGAAUGGAUCCUCAAGGGCUUCGGCUCCUCGUUACUCGCCAGGCGCAUCGAAGUCUCGCCUAGUAAAUGCUUGGUCGAGAACCUCGCCACCUACAGCCUACUCAGCAACGACGAGAGCAUCCACUCGACCGACGCCUCCUUUUCGCCCUUUUUGCAUGUCUCGGAUCGGUCGACAGGCGAUUCGCGUUGGUAUCCGCAGUUGGCAUCGCCAGAGCUCAUUCGAAAGAUUCGCGCCCGCACCUAUAAAGGCGAACCGAUCACAUUUCCUCUCGCGCUACAUGGCAAUGCUCCGUUUAUGCCGCCCGCCAGAGACAGCCUCGACGAAGUUAGGGUGCAGUUGUGGUCCGAUCAAGCUCUGCUAAGGUCUAUACGGGGCGACUCGCCUGCGUGUCGGUCGCCCAUCGACUCGAUUCGUUUGUCCGUCGAUUGGAAGGCUUCCGCUGGCUUAGUGCUGCUUCGCUACCGCUUCUUCUUGGCUGCAUGGCCGCUCGGUCUACUGUCCAUCUGCAUCGGUCUUUCCUGGUUCAGCUGGGCUAGGAAUCCAGAACUCCCUUUCCCGUCUCCUCUGACUUCGAUUAUGCAGCCAGCUUUCCGUAUGCCUUUUACGGCCGGCAAGGGCGACCCGUUGCUCGGACUGAUGGUCUGUCUGACAGUGGCGCUGCUCCUUAUCGACAGCAUUCGCCUCGCGCUGUACAGAUCGAUGCCAAGCGCUGGAGCUCACGGUCCAACUUCGUCUCUCCUCGGCAUGGUUUUGGGCCUUCAUAGCUUGUCUUCCUCCGUCGGCUUGGUGCCAUGCUUCUUGGUCGUCUCGUACACAACCGCGCUCGUCAUUGUCGCCACCAUCCAGUCGUCGUUCUCGCUCGUCGCAGCCAUCGUCACCAAGUUUGGACUAGCUCGCAAGCUCGAUUGGGUAGGAGCGGCAACAGCGAGCUCGGACCCGCUGCGAUGGAACCGCCAAUCGAUGGCGGGUCUAGCGAUCUUGCUGCUCUCGGUGGUGCUGUUCGUGCCGCACCAGUUCAUCUUCCUCUGCAUGUUCCUGCUGCAGCUGCUCAACACGCUGCGCGCCCUGCUUGAAUAUCGAUCGCAGAGAGCUCCCGCCCAAGCCCUUGAAACGCGCUUCCACCAGCAUCUCAGCAUCUUUACGAUCCUGGUGCUUCUGUUGCCGCAGAAAGCAAGCUUUCUCGUUACCUGGGUGCGCAACCUGGCAUCUGUCGGCAUCAAGACGCCCAAGACCAUCGCGGCUUGGAUGGACCACAACAUUGUGGAUGUCGCGCCGAUCGUUGUUCUCGUCUGGCUGAUGGCGGGAGGACGCAUGCUCGAGCCACCUCGAAGCAAGCUGGAGGCCAAGGCGAUCGCGUUUGGCUUCGGUGUCGUUGGGUGGUACGCGUUGGUUUGGGGUAUCCGGUACACGUACAGCAUCUACGAUGCAUUCAAUGCUCUUUGUGUGUUGCUUGCAUUCUGCCACUGGCGAUCGAGACGUGCGGGAAGUCGCGGGUCACACAGGCGCGAUCUCCAAUUGCGUCCUGGGAACAAGAACUCGGACGAGACAUCGGGCAUGCUCGAUGAACACGACGACCGCGAAGAAGGAUCCAGCAAGGAAGCGCACACGCAAGCCGAAGAGUACGAGCUCCAAAGCGCGUCCAGCCCAGCCAGGCUGCCGAUCCACCACCUUGCUUUACCGGCUUCGAUCGUUGCGCAAUCGGACUCAGCCCCAGAGCCGGCAGAUGCUGCAUCGAGCCGCACCAGUCUGACAGACUCGCCUCUCAUCAGUGCCAAGCAAGGAUCGCUGAUCGGCGACAAGCUGGACGAGUUGAUUGCUGAGUAUCUCGACGUGCUCGAUAAGUACCAGCAGGUGCGUGCGGCGACCAACAAUCUCUUCAGCAGCGGCUUCCUCCAGCUGAGCCGUGCCAAGAUGGAGUACGGCCCGUCUCGACUCGGGAGCAAUUCCUACGAUUCGCGUCUGCUCGCCGAAGUUCGUGCCACACUUGCUGAUGAAUCAACGUCACCUGCGUCUCAGCAGGGACCUUUACGCCGCCGUAUCUCCGUGGUCAGAGUGAAGCCAGAUUACUCUCAUCUCGACGACGAAGAGGAGGGUGUGCUUAUUGGAGCAGACAGGGACGAGAAGGCAGUUGCGCAGCAAGAAUCGGCGGCUGAAGGCCUCCGCAGAAGAGUCGGUCCUGCAAGCCAGCUUGGCGACGCGUAUCCCAUUGGAAACGAAGGCAAGCCAAGCCCAAGCCCGAGCGGAGGCGGAACCGAAAAUGGAACCGGAACCGGAAGACAAAAGCCUAAAAGAGCAGCGCCAGAUGCUCUGUUCCAGUUCGGCGGUCUGCCGUCAGCUUCGUUGCGAGGUGCGCAGCGCGACCUGAGGCAAGCUCUGGACCAAGUCCUCGGCAUCGCGCGUGAUUCGUCGCCCAGUGACGGUUUGGUCCAGCUGACCACUCGACUAGAAGCGCUGGCCAGCGCGAUCUCCGAACUCAGGUCCUCGAUGUAA